AUGUUUAGAUCAUUACGUGAGUAUCAUUUUUGUUCCUCCAGACCAUUUAGACAGUCUCUCUCUCCCCCUCUCUCUCUUGAUUAGGGAAUUUUUUUUAUUUGAAUGUUUUUAUACAUUGAUUAGGACUUUUGCUUCCAAAGAAUACAUUAAUUCCCAACGAAGUAAUCAAAAACUGGAAAGUAAUAGGAGUAUAAAAUAUACUAAAAGAGAAGUCUGAAAUGAAAUUGAAAACUCGGCGUGGCGUGAGAUCCCAAAUCCAGAGUUGCAUCUCAGGCGUAGCAAGUUGCCGACCUCUGAACUGUGAUCCCUGAGGAGGGGAGCAAUUCGAUUCAACACAGAGGAUCGAAUUCUCGGUUUUCCUUUGUAAUCGUCGCCUCAUACAUCCAUACUUCUGCGCCAUUACAACCAGCCCAUAAUCGAUCAGGAAUGGCUGGAGAGUCCAAUAAGGCCCAAGAGACAGGAAAGAAUUUGGAUGUGCUUGCCACUGAAAAGAAUGACAGUGCGACCAUUGUGAAGAAGAAGCAGAAAGGGGUGCUAUCUCGUAUUUGGAAUGGACUCUUUAGACAACAUGGUGAUGAUUUUGAGAAGAGACUGCAACACAUUUCAAAGGAAGAAGCUACUGUUCUUGCUAGAAUGAAAAAGAGAUCUCGAAGUUGGAGAAGGAUGAUUAGGCAUCUGAUAAUAUUCUCUGUUAUUUUCGAGGUUAUUGCAGUGAUUUACGCUAUCAUGACAACAAGGUCCUUAGAUUUGAACUGGAAAAUGAGGGCACUUCGGGUUCUGCCAAUGUUUCUUUUGCCGGGGUUAUCGUCUAUUACUUACUCAGCACUUGUAUCCUUCACAAGGAUGUGUGACCGUAAGGAUCAGAAAACUUUGGAAAAGCUUCGGGCUGAAAGGCAAGAAAAGAUUGAUGAGCUUAAAGAGAAGACAAAUUACUAUAUUACACAGCAGCUAAUUCAGAGGUAUGACCCUGACCCAGCAGCCAAGGCAGCUGCUGCAAGUGUCCUUGCAUCCAAAUUGGGUUCAGAUUCUGGCUUGAAAGUGUAUGUAGGAGAUGACUCUAAGCUCAAUGCCCCAACAGGAAAGAGCAACGAUGUUGAGAUUGUCCAAUCUGCUGGUCUUCGACAUAGAAAUCAGCCCCGCACGAGAUCCAGUGGCACAGAGAGUCCUCUGUUGCAACACACUGACGAACAAAUGCUUGAUAAUACAGGGAAUGAGGGUUCUGAGACUUCUGAGCAUAAUCAGGUGGUUGUGGAACAUCAUAAUCCAGGAUCAACCACGCAAGAUGGAGGGUGGAUUGCUCGGAUUGCAGCAUUGCUGGUGGGUGAGGAUCCAACACAGUCUUAUGCUCUAAUAUGUGGCAACUGCCAUAUGCACAAUGGGCUUGCAAGGAAGGAGGAUUUCCCGUACAUAGUAUACUAUUGCCCACACUGCAAUGCCCUGAAUCGGUCAAAACAUCUUGGUGUUUCUGGUUCCAACUCCCCUAGUAUGAGCCCCGAAAUGGCAAAGAGCAGUACGCAACUGUACAGCGGUGGUGUUACAGUGAGUGAAAUGAUUCCUGCAAGUAGUAGCCCAGUGACAGCUGCUGUUGAAAAUACAGAAGGAAGCGGAAGACUUGUGUCUGGGGAUUUGGAUCCAAUUACUCCUAGUUGAAGGCAGACUUCAGGUGGAAUUAUAAUGGCGAAGGGGUUUUGGUUUCGCGUGCUUUUGAGAAUCGUACUUCUUCAUAGGUCAGAGCGCCUCUGAGUGCAGAGACUGCUUGAGUUUGCUUCUUGUUUCUUUGUGUAAUUAUAGUUCUUUUAAAGGUUUAACUAAAUCAUACGGCGUGUUCCAUCCCUAGCCUGUUUGGGUUUAUGCCGGUGAAGUUACUGCGAUUCGGCAAAGUUCCUGACUUUGCUCAAUACAUGUGAGUUGUGGUGCCGACAGUGUAUACAAGGAAGUAUUUGCAUUUGAAA